GAAUUAGCCAAUCAAAUUACUCAAUUUUCCUGACAAUUCCUGACAGAAAAACUUAUCUUAAAUCAUGCAAUAAACACUGUCUUCUUUAUACAAAAUGAUAUGCAAGUAAAAUUAAUUGAUUCAAUAAAAAUAAUUGAAUAACUUGCCUAGUUAAUUGAUUCAAAUAGAUGCUGAAUUCACUGCACUAUAUUUUGUGACUUCACUACUAACAAGGAAGAAAAUGUAUCCUUAGGCAUGCACAAAAUAGUUCCAAAUUAUGUAACAAUAAAAUGGGACUGUAAUGAUAACAACAAUUAAAGACUGAAUCAUAUUGACUAAAUCUUAUCAUCUAUGUGAAUUCUAAAUGAAACAACAACACAUAGUAGCCAUAAGGUAAGUUUGUAUCACUUUGAAUUAAUGCGCCAACUUCACUGUUGAUGAUGUCAUACAAUGGCAGCCUCUAUGUACUUAACUCUGUGUGCACCUAAGAUAAAGAUGUGUAGGAUAUAUGAAUUAAACAUAGGAUAUAGACCAAACAAUCUAUGGGAUAUUUCACACAGGUAAGUGUACUAAUUAAUAGUCAUUGAUUGUGAACUGUAGGAUGCAUUUCAUUCAUAGAAAACAUGUGGAAAAUAAAAUACAGCUGGACCUCAUGUUUAUAUAUCGUCGGAGGCCCUAAAUUCGUUACAGUCCUAGAGUCGUGUCCCUUUUGUUUUCCUCGCGUAUCUCGCGAGAUUUUAUCCGAGGUUGCGCAAUCCGUGAGAAAAUUUUUACUAUGAUAUGUGACGUCACAUCUUAAUACACAACAGCGGACAGUGCGAUCAAAACAGGUUAAUCCUGUGUCCAAAAAGAAAAAAUACAGACUGUAUUCUCCCACAGCUUUGACAAACGCCUACAAAAUGGUAAAGGAACACAAAAUGUCGGUUAAAAAAGCAUCGAGAAUGUUUCAUGUGCCUGAUACAACUCUCAGGGAUAGAGUUCUACAGAAGGUAGAUCCAGAAACUGCAGUUUUUGGAAAAAGUCCUGUGCUGGAGUGCUUUGAAGAAGCAAAUCUUGUUAGACAUUUUAAGGCAAUGGUAGCUUAUGGGUAUGGAUACACUAGACAGGAAUGUGUUGAUAUUGCGUCUGAUUAUGCUGUGCAUCUUGGCAAAAGAACAAUGGACAAGCCAUUUACAAUGAAGUGGAUAAGGGGAUUUCUCAAAAGAUGGCCUGAGCUCAAAGUCUUAAAGCCAAGGGGACUUGAACAUGUGCGAGCAAAGAUGGCAUCCAAAGAGACAGUUGCUGAGUAUUUCAAGAAUCUUGCAAACACUAUCUCAACAUAUAACAUGCAUGACAAGCCGCAUCUCAUUUAUAACAUAGAUGAAUAGGGCAUAUCCAUUGAUCAUAAACCACCAUCAGUUGUAAGUGAUUCCACAUACUGCCCACAGGCUGUAACUUCUGGUCGGGGGAAAACUAUUACUAUUCUCGGAGGAGGAAGUGCCAGUGGAGUUGCCAUACCACCAUUUUUUAUUUUCCCUGGGAAGCGGAUGAGACCAGAAUUAUUAAAUGGGGCAUGUCCAGGAACUAAUGGGACUAUGAGUGAAACAGGUUGGUCAAAUGGUGUUAUAUUCCGUGAAUAUUUAGAAAACCAUUUCUUGAAGUUUGUACCUCGGAGAGACAAUGAAAAGGUUCUUCUACUUUUGGAUGGACACCACUCCCAUGUUUCUGUUAAUCUGGUAGAAUGGGCAAAACAGCAGGGCAUCAUCAUUUUCAUUUUACCUGCACAUACCAGUCACAUCUUGUAGCCCAUGGAUGUCUCCUGCUAUGGUCCCUUAGAGAAAAUAUACAACAACCUGUGCCACAAAUUGAUGAGGGAGUCCUCUGCUAACAUUACCCGAUAUAAUGUAUGUGAUGUUGCUGGUAAAGCAUACACUAGAGCACUUUCUCCAGAAAAUAUUCAGUCUGGAUUCAGAAAAACAGGUAUCUCCCUUUUGAAUUCUUAAGCGAUCAGGAUGGAAUGUCUGGCUCCAACAGAGGUGUUCAAACAAAUCAGCCCUGAUGUAAACUCAACACUAAGUGAAAAGAAUACACACAAUGAUAAUGGCAAUUCAGAUACUGAGGAAGAAGACAGGGGCUUUGUAAUGGAAUUAGUGAACAAAGAGAAACACUUGAAGGACGUAAAGAGUGAUUCAGUUCGCAAGGAGAGAAAAACAUUAAGUAAGAUAGUGGCAGGGAAGGAAAUUUCUGAUGGAGUAAUUGAGAAAAUGGUGGAGCAUGAAAGAAUUCAGAAAGGAUCACAUGGGGGGAAAAAGUCAACCAGUGUGAGGAAAGCCAAACCAAAAAAGGAAAUUGUUUUCGUUGAUGACACUCAACAACCAGGGCCAUCAGCUGUAAAUUUUAUUUCUGAUGAUGCCAAUAGUGACUCGGACAGUGACACUGAGAACAUAGAUCCAUCGAAGCUUUGUUGCAUUUGUCACAGAUGGCAACCGGAACAGAUCAAGAAUUGUGUUUAUUUAGUGUUUACCAAAUGGGCACAGUGUGACAGAUGUAACCACUGGGUUCAUUUAAUUUACUGCUCACCUGUGAGAUUUAUUAGAAGGAAUGACUCGUUUUUCUGUCCUCACUGUACAGAAGAGUGAUUAAAACGUUUACAAUUAUCCCAAUAUGCUUUACUAGCUGUUAUCAUUAUAUUGAUUAAAUUUUUUUAUUGUUAAUUACA